UAGUUGUAGAUAUGAAUAUACACUCAAUGCAUUUACAAUAAUUUUUAUAUCAUUCAGCUUGUCGAUAGCAAACUGGUUCAUCCAGAUCAAAUUAAGACUAAAGUAAACUUGCAAUGGAAUAGAGCGUUGAAAUACCAAAAUACAUUAGGCGUCUCCAAUUUAGAGAUUAAAGAUUAUUGGUUUAACGUUCAGUCCUACAAGAAUACACUGGUGCCUAACAUAAGAAGCAUAGUUGAUGAAAGCAAACUUUCAGUAUGGAAGCGCUACUACUUAAACCUUUCAUUCUAUUCGUUCUGGCGUAUCUUUAUUUUCGAAAAUGGAUGAAUGGUGGAUCUCUUUCAAAGGUGAAUCGAGCCGAUGGUAAAACAGUUAUCAUCACAGGUGCUAGUAAUGACAUUGGAAAGGAAACAGCUAUUGGCAUGGCAGAACGGGGAGCAAAGGUUAUAAUGGCUUGUCGUGAUGUAGCUGAAGGCGAAAUUGUUCGUUCUAUGAUCAUCAAAAAAACCAAAAACACGAACGUUAGAGUUAUGCAUCUGGAUCUGGCAUCGUUUCAAUCGAUAAGAAAAUUUGCGAAAACAUUUCUAAAGGAGGAAGAAAGGCUGGACAUUUUGAUCAACAAUGAAAGUGUGAUGGGAAUUGGAAGAACCUUGACAGAAGAUGGUCUUGAAAUGCAUAUGGGUGUCAAUCAUUUUGGACAUUUUUUAUUGACUGUGCUGCUAAUUGGCCCGUUGCAAAAGUCGACCCCAAGCCGAAUAAUAACUGUAUCGCAUUGGGGUAACUUAUGGGUACGAUUCAACAAAAAUGAUGUGAAUAGCGAAAAAUCGUAUAAUCGAUUCAAUGCGUUUUUGCAAAGUAAACUGGCAAAUGAGUUAUUUACGGUGGAGCUGGCCGAACGAUUAGCGGGUAGUGGCAUUUCGAUUAAUUCGGUUCAUCCAGGCUUCUUCCGCUCUGACACUGGAUCAGGAUCAGGAUCAUUAGUGACUGUUAUGUGGAGGAUAAUUCGUGACAUUUUAUCUGCCAUAUUUCUGCGCACUGCAAAAUCAGGCGCUCAAAAUACUCUAUUUGCUGCCCUUGAUUUUAACUUGGAAUAUACGUCCGGUGCCUUCCUGAGCAAUUUUAGAUUUAGUACUACCAAUCCCGACGCAAAUAAUCCUGAGUUGAGAUCAUGGUUUUGGGAUUAUAGCGAAAAAGUGACUGGUAUUGAAUUUCCGAAAAACACAUGGAUACCCGAUGAGUACAACCUUAAUGCGUGCAAGAAGCGCGAAGCAAUUUUGAAUCAACAUGGAGUGUAUUAAACUUAUGGAAAUAAAAAAAUCGAUAUAAAUG